GACGUUUCUCGUUCUUUUACGCAUACAUGUUUACGCAUGUAGCCUACUUAAAAAAGGAAUUCUGUUAUGUCACCAAUAAACUUAACUUGUUGCGGUUAACAGUCACUCACACUACUUCUGAUACUGUCGAGGCAACCACUGGUACAAACCCCCGGAUGAGAAGGCACGCCCAAGAAGCCACUCUAUUGGUUCAGAGAGCGACAGGACCAAUACGCGCAGAAGCUGAUUGGAGAGUCGACGUGUCGCCGCUUGGAUGCUGCCAGUGAAGUGAGGGGUGUGCGGGCUGGACCAAAGGAAAGCAUCUGCUGGUGUCUGCUCGUGUCUAGCUACUGGAAGGUGGCAUCGGCAGUCAUUGUUUGCUGCUACUGAUUGUGCACUAAAGAUCAGCUUGGAACGUUGCGGUGAAAGCAUGUCUUCCAGUGGCUCGACGGCACGCAUCCUCAUUAAGGGGGGCAAGGUGGUGAACGAUGACGUGACGCAGGAGGCGGACGUCUACAUUGAGAACGGGGUGAUCCAGCAGGUGGGGAAGGAGCUGAUGAUCCCUGGUGGCGCCAAGGUCAUCGACGCCUCGGGCAAGCUGGUGAUGCCCGGCGGCGUUGACACCUGCGUGCACCUGCACGACAGCUUCAUGAACGCCACGCCCGCCGACGACUUCUACAGUGGCACCAAGGCGGCUCUGGCUGGAGGGACCACCAUGGUGAUCGACCUGGUGCUGCCGGAGAGGAACGAGUCCCUGCUGGAGGCCUAUGAGAACACGCGCUCAGUAGCCGACGCCAAGAGCUGCUGCGACUACGCCCUGCACGUGGCAGUCACCUGGUGGGGACCCAAGGUGCGUGCCCAGAUGGAGUCUCUGGUGCGUGAGAAGGGGGUGAACUCCUUCCACAUGUUCAUGGCCUACAAGGACCUCUUCAUGCUGCGGGACAGCGAACUCUACCAGGUGCUGCAGCACUGCAAGGACAUCGGGGCUGUGGCACGCGUCCACGCCGAGAACGGAGAACUGGUGGCGGAGGGGGCGAAAGAGGCCUUAGAUCUUGGCAUCAGUGGGCCAGAGGGCAUUGAAAUCAGCCGCCCAGAAGAGUUGGAAGCAGAAGCUGCUCAUCGUGCCAUUACCAUUGCCAACAGAGCACACUGUCCCAUCUACCUGGUGAAUGUCUCGAGUAUGUCUGCUGGGGAUGUGGUGGCUACCGCCAAGAUGCAAGGUAAGGUGGUGCAGGGUGAGACGACCUUGGCCCAUGCGGUCAUGAACGGGCUGCAGUACUACCACCAGGACUGGGCCCACGCUGCUGCCUACGUCACCGUGCCCCCCCUCCGCCUCGACCCCAACACCCCCAGCUACCUGAUGGGGCUGCUGGGAAAUGACACUCUAAACGUAGUGGCCUCGGACCAUCGUCCCUUCAGCACCAAACAGAGGGCCAUGGGCAAAGACGACUUCACCAAGAUCCCGCACGGGGUCGCCGGCAUUCAGGACCGCAUGAGCGUCAUCUGGGAGAGAGGAGUGGUUGGAGGUAAAAUGGAUGAGAACCGAUUUGUGGCGGUGACCAGCUCCAACGCAGCCAAGAUCUACAACCUGUACCCACGCAAGGGCCGCAUCAUCCCAGGAGCCGACGCCGAUGUGGUGGUCUGGGACCCUGACGCAACCAGGACCAUCUCUGUGGACACACAGCUCCAAGCAGGCGACAUUAACCUGUACGAGGGCUUGCGUUGCCAUGGUGUCCCCUUGGUGACCAUCAGCCGUGGCCGCGUUGUGUACGAGAAUGGCAUCUUCACCUGCGCCGAGGGCUCCGGAAAGUUCUACCCCCUGCGGACAUUCCCUGAUUACCUGUACAAGAAGAUGGUGCAGAGAGACAAGUGCCAGGCUCUGAAGGGGGUGGAGCGUGCUCCGUACGAGGGCGACGUGGCGGCGGUGAACUCAGGGAAGAAGGACGGCGGCUCCCUGGACGGCGAGACGCCAUCAGCACGCGCCGCUACGCGCCACGGAGGAGUUCGAGACCUGCACGAAUCCAGCUUCAGCCUGUCGGGUGCCCAGAUCGACGAUAACGUCCCCAAGAGGGCCUCGGCCCGUAUCCUGGCGCCCCCUGGUGGACGCUCCAGUGGGAUCUGGUAAACUUGGACCUCCGCCACGCCUGGACCAAAAAAAAAACCCACACUAAGCAAAGCUGAACCAGAUUUCAUUAGGAAGAGACCCCUCUGCCACCUCUGCCUCCACCCGACUCUGACCCUCCCCCACCCCACCCCUUACGUAACUAAAGCUCAUGGUGCACUUGUCAAGAAAUACUGAGCAAAAAAAAAAAGUAGCACUAUUUUUUGCCUAAUUCAACACAAGAGAUAACUGAAUGAUUACCAUAUUGCCUGUGAAUGGUUUGAUUUGUUUUCAAUGUGAGUUGCAAGUAAGCAGUGUGUUAGGAUCAAAAGCUGCUGUUAGAUUUUUAAAAAAGAGAAAAAUAAACUCCCAAAGAAAGUGGAUUUUGACAUGAGGAAAUGAGGGUUCUGGGCUAGAAAGAAUGCAUUAGUGAUCCUAGUGGAGAGAGAUAGUGGCUUGAUGCUUAUUACACAGUACACGCUUCUUUUUUACCUCAUUUACCACACAGAGUUCAUCUUUCUUUGCAGUGUUUGCGCUCAGUGAUUUUUAAGAGUUUUACGUUUCUUCGGUUGUACCAGCCCUGCUUAUUGUUAUUUAUUGGCCAUUGUCAUUUAUCAGUCUGAAAUACAAAAUGUUUUAUUUUUUUUACACUUUAAUCUUUCUUCCGACAUAUAAUUGUUUUUACCUCAUUUGUGAAACAUUUUAGUUUUGCACUUAAAAACUCUUUUAAACAUUCCUGCCUUCCGAUUGGUUUAGUGUGGAGUGGAGAUGGAGUGAUACAUAGCCAUGACAUGAGGAGACGAGAAUGAACACUUACCUCUUAGGCUUUGAUGACCUUUCUGACACAGACUGUUUACACAAAUGAAUAAAUGCACCAACAAACACAAGAGUGACUGACUGAAGCAACGUCUUGGUUGAUAGACCAAAUCAAGUCGCCUCAAAUCUAUUCAAUUUAUUAUCACAGAAACACAAGCCACAUUGUGAAUGUUGUGAACUUGUCUGAGAUGUUUGAGUGUGGAUUGUACUGUAUUUCCUAUCUCUCCAGUCUGUGUGCACUGUCGUCACCUAGCGCUGGUGUAGUAGUAUCAUCUCCCUCUAGUCUAUUUUCCUCGAAUCCGUCCUAGUGCCCAUACACCUAGGUGCCCAAACCGUCCCUAAACGGUCCCUGUGUGUGUGUGUGUGUGUGUGUGUGU